GGAUCCACGGCACUGAGGACCAUGGAGAAGUAUGAAAACCUUGGUCUAGUCGGAGAAGGCAGUUAUGGCAUGGUGCUCAAAUGUCGCCACAAGGAAACUGGGCAGCUUGUUGCAAUAAAAAAGUUUCUGGAAAGUGAGGAUGAUAAAAUGGUCAAAAAGAUUGCUCUACGCGAAGUUAGGAUGCUAAAGCAACUACGGCAUGAUCAUCUAGUGAACCUUAUAGAAGUGUUUCGGAGAAAAAAGAGACUCUAUCUAGUGUUCGAAUUUGUGGACCAUACAGUUUUAGAUGAAUUGGAAAAAUGUCCAAAUGGUCUUGAUGAAAACACAGUGAGAAGAAUACUCUGGCAAGUGCUUAAAGGAAUAGAAUUCUGUCAUUUACACAAUAUCAUUCAUAGAGACAUCAAACCAGAGAACAUUUUAGUCAGUAAAUCUGGAAUUGUCAAGUUGUGUGACUUUGGUUUUGCACGAACAUUAGCACAGCCAGGAGAGACAUACACAGACUAUGUUGCUACUCGGUGGUAUCGGGCCCCUGAACUCCUAGUAGGGGACACCAAAUAUGGCAGGGCUGUGGAUGUAUGGGCAAUAGGAUGUUUAUUAGCAGAGAUGUUGACGGGAGAACCACUUUUUCCUGGUGAAUCAGAUAUAGACCAACUUUAUCAUAUAGUCAAGUGUUUUGGAAAUUUAACUCAACGCCACAAGGAAGUGUUUCUAAAUAAUCCUAUGUUUGUUGGUAUGCGGACACCAGAAGUACGAGAAGUUUCACCUCUAGAAAAAAAAUUUACAAGGAUAUCGUCAUUUUCACUAGAUGUAAUGAAGCAAUGUUUGAGACUAGAUCCUGAUGAUCGACCAAGCUGUUCACAGUUGCUGAAGCAUGAGUUUUUCAAUAAGGAUGGAUUUUGUGCCCGAUUUUCUCAGGAUUUGAAACAGCGAAUACAACGUGAAAAUAACAACAAUCCACUUAUCAAAUCUCAGUCAAGUGAAAAAGAGGAUGACAACAAAGACGAUUCCAAGUCAAAUUCAAAGAAAAAGAAAAAGGCAUCACAAGCUGACAACAAAGAUUCAAAGGAUGGCAAGGACAAACAGAAAAAGAAAGUGUCAGAUUCUGAGAAAAACAACAAAAAGUCAAACUAUGUCAAUGGUACUGUGAACAAUGUGAGUCACUCCAAGUCAGGGGAGACAAACGAGCAGACAGACUCAAAAGCAGACAGGAAGUCUGAAAAAGACAAACGGACAGACAAAGAAAAUGUGAAACAGGAUCGAGAGUCAAAAGUGGACAAAUAUGAAAAAGACAAAAGUGAAAAGGAUAAGUAUGAAAAAGACCGUCAUGAUAAAGAGAAUCGACAGGACAAAGACAGAGAUGGGGAAAAUGGUCAUCUGAAGGAGACUUCUGGAAUGAUUCCACCCAUCAACAGCACUGGUCAAACUAUUCAUCUGUCCACCCCACAAUCUAUGCCUUCUAUUGGAAGUCCAAAUAUGGCCAAUGUUUCAACAGUAAACAAUGUGCAUAUAUCAAGUCCAUUGGGUAAUGCCCCAUAUGCGGGGCCUGCUCCGCUGAGGGUAAGUGAUAAAGUUAUUAAGAAAACAUCCAGCAACUUCACAAAGAAGACACUGUUGACAAAUCACCAUAGCAACACCAUCAGUCCCCAGCCACUCCAAUCGGAGAAGAGUUUCCUUCAUGAUAAGUCUCUGACACGUGUCAAAGCUCAUAGUCCAGACAAGAAGGAAAAGGAAAGUCUAAGUUUACCUGAACUGAAAGGUGCUGAAGCUCACCCAUCGAAGAUGAAGUUGAAACAGCGUUCAACCGUUGCCACCAUACCACACAUUACCAACUUGGAUCCUUUCAAUGCUAACACAUCGGGUCAGAGUGAUGACAGAGAUGGAAACUUGCCAGCUGUAUGA